CAUGGUCGUAUCUGAACUAAAAUUGUGCUACUUCAAGCUUUGGGUACCGCAUAUUUGGCUUAUUUCUGGCUGCAAUUUAAGGAAUUUGUUGGCAUAUCGUCCGAAGUACCUAACUCUGAUACUGUCUGUCGGUCUAUCACUGUAUAUAUUAAUUACCUAGGUACUUAGCUGGUUGAACAUCGCGCCGAACAGGAGAUGUCUAAAAUAAGUAGAAAGAAAGCGAUUGUUGUUGGAGCCGGUGCCGGUGGCAUCGCGACAGCAGCCCGGUUAGCGAAAGCCGGGUUUUCUGUAACUGUACUAGAGAAGAACUCAUUCACCGGCGGGAGGUGCAGCCUGAUAUUCCACGAGGGACAUCGCUUCGACCAGGGGCCGUCUCUCUUGCUGCUUCCUAAGCUCUUCCAGGAGGCGUUCCGUGACCUGGACACGUCACUCGAGGCCGAGGAUGUGGAGCUACUUCGCUGCCCAACCAACUACAAGGUAUGGUUCGAGGACGGCGAGAGCUUCGAAUUGUCAACGGACCUCGCGCGCAUGAAGACCCAGAUCGAGCGCUGGGAGGGUAAGGAUGGAUUCCACAGGUAUCUCGACUGGCUGCGUGAGGCUCAUCAGCACUACGAACUGAGCGUUAGCGAGGUGUUGCACAGGAACUUCACGAGUUUCUGGAAUUUGAUAGUCCCGCACUUUGUGCUCACGGGGUUGAAGCUGCACCCCCUACAUAAAGUCUGGGACCGCGCGCGCAAGUAUUUCUGGUCCGAGAGGCUAAGGCGUGUCUUCACAUUUGCUACUAUGUACAUGGGCAUGUCGCCCUUCGAUGCCCCGGCCACGUACUCGCUGCUUCAGUACACGGAGCUUGCCGAGGGUAUCUGGUACCCGCGCGGAGGCUUCCAUGCCGUACUAGCGGCUCUCGUGAGGGUUGGCGAGAGGUUGGGGGUUGAGUAUCGACUUAACACGCCCGUCCAGCAAGUCCUCGUGAGCUCCGACGGAAAAACGGCGCGAGGAGUACAGUUAGAAACAGGCGAGAUUCUAGAGGCGGAUGUAGUUGUCGUGAACGCUGAUCUCGUCUACGCUUACUCGAAUUUAUUCCCGCAGACGCCGAGUAUGCAGAGCUACGGCAAGUCUUUGAGGAAGAAAGACGGCUCGUGUAGCUCGAUAUCGUUCUACUGGAGUCUAGACCGGAUCGUCCCGGAACUACAAACACAUAAUAUAUUCCUCGCGGACGAGUACCGGGAAUCGUUCGACGCUAUCUUUGACCGGCAGUCGUUACCCGAAGAACCCAGUUUCUAUGUCAAUGUGCCUAGUCGGAUCGACUCCAGUGCGGCCCCGGAGGGUCGAGACUCGGUAGUUGUACUCGUCCCCGUCGGUCAUCUACCGGAGUCGAAAGGCUUCGCGGAACCGAAGAGCGCGGGUUUGCCACGAGAUCAGGACUGGGAAGCACUAGUGGGCCGGGCGCGGCGAGCCGUCCUGUCGACAGUAUCCGCGCGCACGGGAUGCGAGUCUCUCGACAAGUUCAUCACGCACGAAAUCAUCAACGACCCAGCCGCAUGGGAAGACAAGUUCAACCUAGAUAAGGGGUCAAUCCUAGGUUUAGGUCACGGAUUCUUCAACGUGCUAGCGUUCCGGCCGGGUACACGCGCCAAUGGGCUGGCAAAUGCGUACUUCGUAGGCGCCAGCACGCACCCCGGCACCGGAGUCCCGAUCGCGUUGGCCGGUGCUAAGAUCACGGCCGAGCAGAUCCUAGACGACUUCCGAGUGAGGGUACCGUGGCGUGGAAAUGCGGCUACGGAUAUGGAUAAUGACCGGGGUGUUCUGCAGAACGAGAAGACGAAUCCGCUGGAUAGAAUACAGCCGGGUAGUCUACGAUUCUCGGUAGUGCAGAUGGUACUGUAUUUCUAUGUUUUGGCGUCGAUGGUGUGGAUAUUGUGGUAUUGGUAUCCCAUAAGGGGGGUCUUAUCUUAACACCAUCGGGUGUGUAAGCGCUUGUGUUAAGGGGUUUUAAUACUCUGUAGCUUAUUGUUGGCAACUAAUUUUAUAAAACUUCGCCUAUUAGAAAAGCUUUAGCUACCCUACCUACCUGAUAUUCUAUCCACCUUUUACGGUGUGUUCGGAAUUGACCUUACAUUACAAGCUGUUUUAAGGCCUUCAAUAUCUUGUCUGCCACGACGUCUAACAAAUGUAGGUGCUUAAUGUUGAAGACCAUGCCUUAUGCCAUAUCUUACUAGUUACCUGACGAGUCAUCAUUGGAAUUGCCACUAUUGGUUUCUUCUUCGGCGUCAGCAAGACAGGUGUCGUCGGUUAGCAGGUCGUUGUCUUCUUGUAGCAGGAUAGAUCGCCAGAUAUGAUUGUGCUCGACAAUGUGGUUGAUGUAGCCGUCAAAGGUAACCUUAGAGCUGGGAGGCGAGACGAGUGAUCGCAGACCCGUGUCGAGGCUCUGGUAAACCUGUCUCAUAUGCCGCAUUUCAUCCAUCAUUCCGAAAUCUCGACAGCGCAGCAAGCCCCAUCGCCCAGUUAUAGACGGAUACGUUCCGAAGGCAGUCUUCCUUCGUGUAACGACAGUUGCGGAUCCGUUCCCACGCCUCCCCCCCUAUGAUAGGUGCCAUUGCC